AUCCUAUUGGACCGAAGAACUCGUUUUUAGUCGUACGUUUUCUCUCGUGGGCAUCGUUUAUGCAAAUGUCCUUUGCCCGAAUAUGGACACGAUGGAAUGAAAUAUGGUUGGAGGCGAACAUGGAGGACCGAGACUGAGACCGAGUCAUGAGAGCGCCGUAAUAGUUCUUUGAAAAGUAGAUGCUUCACAAACAGCGUUGUUUCGGUUGUCUCAUUUGCUUGAGCGUCUUUCUACUUGCGCUAUUGGUGCGAAGAAGUAGUUUGUAAUGCAGUGAAAAUAAACUUUGUUGGAGAAAGGGCAGGGGGUCUGGGCUUUACAGUCCCCCCUCCUCAUCAUCCCAGCUAUGCCGUGGGUUAGCAGCGGUAAACGGAGAGACAGCUCCGAGCUGCCGCUGCCCGCAGGCUGGGAGGAAGCUCGGGAUUACGAUGGAAGAGUGUUCUUUAUCGAUCACAACACUAGACAGACGUCAUGGAUCGACCCCAGAGAUAGAAUCACCAAGCCCCUGACCUUCGCAGACUGUGUGGGAGAUGAGCUGCCUCUGGGAUGGGAGGUGGUCUACGACCAGCAGGUGGGCGUCUACUACAUUGACCACAUCAACAAGACCACUCAGAUUGAGAACCCUCGCACUCAGUGGCGGCAGGAGCAGGAGCGCAUGCUGAAAGAGUACCUGGUGGUGGCACAGGAAGCACUUCGUGCCAAGAGAGAGAUGUACCAGGUCAAGCAGCAGAGACUGGCUCUCAUCCAGCAAGAGAUGCUGCUGCUCAACCAGUUGACUGAGGAUGACGCACACUCAAUAAUCACUACAAUCUCUGGUUCAUCUUCAAAUGCCAAAUAUGACCCUGACCAAAUCAAAGCGGAGAUAUCCUGUAGGCGUGAACGUCUCCUCAGGCUGAAACAGGAGCUGGCUCAGAUGAAGCAGGAGCUGCAGUAUAAGGAGCUGGGAGUGGAGACCUUGCAGGAGAUUGACAGGAAGAUGUCAUCUAGUCAGACUAACUACAAGCUGGACGAGGCCCAGGCCAUCUUCACUGAGCUGCGCAGCAUCAAGAACAGCAUCAGUACCGGAGAGAAGGAGAGGCUGGACCUUAUCCAGAGCCUGGCCUUGCUCACAGUGAACUGCCCCAACAGUGUGUCGAUCAGUGAUGUUCAGAAUGAGGUGGCCAACAGCCUGUUGACUCUGGGUGACUCCUGUCAUAUUCAAUACUGUGACUCAGCCUGUCAGACCGACAGCACUGGAGAGUAUGGCUCCCAGGACUCGUCACCACUGGUGGACAAAGUCAAACUUCACUGGCAGUACGAGGAAGCCAAGAAAAAGGUGUCCAGUAUCCAGCAUCAGUUGGCCCAGCUGGACAGUGAGAGCUGGUCUGGUCGGGCAGAAGCGGACAGAGACCGCGACUUCCUAUUGCUCCUAAGAGAGAAGGAGGCGCUUCUGCAAGAGUUGACCUUAGCCAGCCAACAACACCCCCCUAGCACCUCCCCAGAGCUGGAUGAGGAGAGGAGACGGCUGGAAGAGGAGGUGCAGAGAGCUCACAGGGCCCAGAGCCAAGGAGCCAGUCAGAGGAUCCUUCAGCAGGAGAAGCGGAACGUUCUGCUUAGACAACUGGAGGAAGCAACCAGGAUUACCACCUACCUCCACACUCAGCUCAGGAGUCUGUCGGCCAGUUCUCUGACGGUGUCUUCCAGCAGUAGUCGUGGCAGCCUGGCAUCCAGCCGUAGUUCCCUGAGCUCCAUCAGUUUCAGUGACAUCUACGGAGUACCCCAAUAUGACCGCCUUGACCCUGGAGGCGAACCCUAUGACCCUCAUCUCCGCUACCUGCUACCCCUAACCACUGACCUCCUGCCCCUGGCGGGCAAGGCCAAGCUGCCCCACGACACUCCCCAGUCCCUGGCCUCCUUCUCCUCACGCUCCUCCCUGUCAUCCCUGUCUCCCCCCUCCUCCCCCAUGGACACCCCCUUCCACUCCUCCUCCCAAGACUGCCCUCUCACCCAGAUGACGGAAGAGUACAUGGAGCUGGCUGGACGGGGGCUCCUGGAGGGCCUGAGGGGCCCAGGGUCUCAGUUUCUAACCCAGGGCCCCCCGACCUGCUCUGAGGAGUCUGGCCUCUCUGCUGCCCAUCUAAUGGAGGGGAAAGGUCACGCGGGGGCCCCAGGGCCGUUCAGCUCCACAGGAGUCACUUUGCGCUCUAACAGCUCUAACCGCAGCGGGCGACGAGCUAGGAGAGUUUCAGCGGGGGCGGGGCUGGCCGAGGAUGCGCUGGCUACAGACAGCGGAGUAUUUGAGGCCUGGGGACGGAGCAGGACUGAGGGGUCAGAGGAGAUCAUCUACACCUCUGUCAUGGAACCAGCACAGAUACAACUGGGCCUGCUAUAUGAUGACAUCUCCCAGUCCCUCCUCCUACAUCUGCUACAGCUGAAGAACCUGAACAAGACCCACGUGAAGGAUGGAUAUAAAGUGUAUGUGAGGGUUCAACUGGUUCCCGUGGAGGCUGGGAGGGCUUCCUUCUACUGCUGUAAGGCCCUGAACCCUGAGCCCCAGCUUAGCUUCAACGAGGCCUUCCGCUUACCUGUUCCAGCGGACGCCCGGGCCCUCAGUUCUCUGCAGCUGUCGGUCUGCAGCCUGGGGCCAGAAGGAGAGGAGGAGAUACUGGGAACCGCCCAGAUGUGUCUGUCCGAGUGCGACAGUGUCCCAGAGAUGUCGUUCUGCUGGCUGAGGGUCCACAGAGUUCAUGUGUCUGGAGGAGGUCUGGGGGCCAGACAGUCUAGGGGCCCUGGGGGCCAGAGAGAGGAGCAGGCCUCGAGGACCACGGCCCACCUGGAGUUACGGGACCUGGAGCACGGGGAAGACGCAUCUGAAAGGAGCUGGCAGGCUGAGUCUGUAGACAGCGGCUGCAGUAACACCACAGCACUGGUCUCCACCUAUCCAGAAGGGCCUAGGGGAGAGGGCCUCUGCCUUCAACCAAUCACGAUCAAGGUGGAAAAGGCGACGAUGACCGAGGGGGUGUUUCCUGAGCCGGUGAGGGUGCGGUCUAAGGAUAGAGGGGUGGGGUCUCGUUAUGGCCACACCUCUUCCUUCAUACGGAGCUCGACUAUAGUCCGCUCACAGACCUUCUCCCCUGGUGCACGCAGUCAGUACGUCUGCAGGUUAUAUCGCAGUGACAGCGACAGUUCAACUCUCCCAAAGAAACCCAACUCUCCCUUCGUCAGAAACACGUUGGAAAGAAGAACGUUACGUUAUAAACAGCAGCAGUCGUACCAGUCGUCCUUGGUGGAGCAGCCAACCCGGACCUCUCUGGACCUGGAGCUGGACCUCCAGGCCUGCAGGGUGCGCCAGAGGCAGCUGACAGAGGAGCUGGCUACCCUGAGAGAGCUGAAGAUGAGACUGGAGGACCAGGAACACAACAGCUGUCCCACUGAGCUGCCACAUUGGGCUCUCCGAGACCAACGCUUCCGCUGCCUGCUCAGAGAGGCGCAAAGACAGGCCAGCCAGAGCCGGUCAGAGCAGUGUCAGGAAGAAGCAGCGGAAAGGAGGCUGAGAAAAGCUUCUAAAGAGGUUCUCCAGAUGAGAGGUCAGAGCCUCAAAGAACCUCUUCCUGUCCAAACCUUCAGAGAGAAGAUGUCGUUCUUCACCAGACCAAGGUUCAACAUCCCUCCUUUACCAGCUGAUGACGUCUGAGUGAGCUGAGAGCUUCCACCGUGUCAUCGCAUAUGAAGUGUUGGAGUGCGUUCUGAAUGGCACCCUGUUUUCUUUAUAGUGCACUACUUUUAACCAGAGCCCUAUGGGUGGUAGUGAAGGGUGUGCGGUUUGGGAUGUAUAAUUGUCAUGUUGUUGUAUUGGAACCUAUGAAGUUAUUACAACUAAUUAAACAGAAAACAAAGAACUCAAAAAGAACAGUUGAAAUGAAAAUAACGAUGGUGCAAAAGUUGUAAGAUUUUCACUGUGUUUUAUGUGGCUAUACUUAUGCAUGAAUACAGACUCAAAAACCAAUACACACACCUGUUGACAACACCAUGGAAGAAUUCUUUCCUUUUUGGGGAAAAAUAUUUUAUUAUUUUAUAAGAGAACAGAAUAUGUUUUUCUUUCUGUAAGAUGUUUUGUGAUACAGGCUGGAAGAUGGGAACAUUGUGAGUUAUGACAACUCUUAACUUAUCACCUAGAGAGUUAAGAUGUUGACUUGGCUGAACUCUACUUGGUUCUGCAUUGUACAGUACCUUUCCUUGAAGGAAAUGAAAAACUGCUCCCUGCUUUUUAAGCGUGUUUUCUAAAAGCUUAGAACAAAUAGCACUUCAGUAUUGUGGUCCAAUAGAAGGAACCUGUUGGUUGCUGUUACUUUUUUCUUAUUCUUACAAAGUUAUUUACAUACAAAUGUCACUUUUUUAAUCCACUUUUAUUACAGAUGUCAUUGUCUUUUUGUUAUAUUAUUAAAAUUAUUAAUAUUAAAUAUUUCCUGUGCUUUUCAAUGUAGUUGAAUCUAUGAACACUGUAUUCAGAUCAGGGUAUCUGAGAUCAGAUCUUCUGCGGUGGUAGAAUUAUUUUGAUGAUAAAACAUUAAACCAGUUGCCCUCAUUGAU